UUUACUUUGGAAGUCCUGACCGGAAACGGUGGUACUUCUGUCUGCCUUUACCGUCGGUGUGAUGAGGAGGGUCUCCUCGGUCUGUAACGGUCUCCAUCAUAUUUAUUUCACUUUUCCGUUUGUUAUCAUUCAUCUGUUCUCUCCAUCAUGGCGGCCGCUGUUCGCCUCCUUCCCGCCGUCACGUUAGCGCUGUUGUCCGGUUUUCCUGGCGCGGGGUCUUCGCGCAGAGACGUGCUCGAGCUCGGGGACACAGACUUCGACUACCUGGCAACGGAGCACGAGACCAUGCUGGUGAAAUUCUACGCUCCGUGGUGUGGUCACUGUAAGAAACUGGCUCCAGAGUUUGACAAAGCAGCAAAAAGACUGAAGGGAACCGUCCAGUUAGCAAAGGUGGACUGUACGGCUCACUCAGAGACCUGUGGUCGUUUCGGGGUCUCAGGUUAUCCCACUCUGAAGAUCUUCAGGAACGGCAGAGACUCCGCCCCCUACGAUGGUCCUCGCACCACAGAUGGGAUUGUUCAGUACAUGAUGAAACAGACCGGUCCAGACUCAGUCCACCUGAAGACUGAGGAACACCUGCACACCUUCAUCAACCACUACGACGCCAGCAUCAUAGGUGUGUUUUCAGGUGCAGACAGUUCUCGUCUGUCGGAGUUCCUGAAGGCUGCAGGUCUGCUCAGAGAACAGUUCAGGUUCGCUCACACCACCAACCUCAAGCUGGGAGAGAAGUACGGAGUCCAGACCGAGAGUGUGUUGUUGUUCAGACCGCCCAGACUCAGCAGUAAGUUCGAGGACAGCAUUGUGGUCUUCAGAGAUCACCUGACCAUCGGGUCCCUGAGGCGGUUCAUCAGAGACCACAUUUAUGGUCUGUGUCCUCACAUGACCGCGGAGAACCGGGACCGUCUCAGAGUCCGGGACCUGUUGACGGCGUUCUACGACCUGGACUACCACCACAACCCCCGAGGCUCCAACUACUGGAGGAACAGGGUGAUGAAGGUGGCGUCGAAAUACAGUGGGCGAGGCCUGACAUUCUCAGUGGCCAAUAAGAAGGACUUCCUGUCUGAGCUUGAGGACGACUUCGGUCUGGGGACGUCGGAUGGAGGAGAGCUGCCGUUCGUCACGAUCCGGACCAAACUGGGCCACAAGUACACCAUGAGGGAGGAGUUCACGAGGGACGGGGAGUCGCUGGAGAGGUUUUUAGACGAUUACUUCACAGGUCGACUCAAACGAUUUGUCAAGUCUGAACCUGUACCUGAGAGAAACUCUGCUGCUGUCAAGGUGGUAGUGGCUGAGACAUUUGAUGAGGUCGUCAAUGAUCCAGGUAAAGAUGUUCUGAUCCAGUUCUUCUCUCCGUCCUGUCCUCACUGUAAGAAACUGGACCCGGUCUACAGAGAACUCGCUGACACGCUGGUCUCUGAUCCAGGCCUCGUCAUCGCCAAGAUGAACGCCGUUGAUAACGACGUCCCGCUGGGAUACGACGUCCAUGGGUUCCCGACCAUCUACUUUGCUCCGGUGGGAAGAAAGGAUGAGCCGAUCAGAUACGAGGGGGGACGGGAGCUCAAAGACUUCCUGAAGUUCCUGAAGCGGGAGGCGAGUCACAGUCUGGUCCUCGGAGGCUUGAAGGACGAACUCUGACCCACGUUCAUCCUCCAAUCAGCAACCAGCUGGUCUCCAUGACAACAGACGUGGUGAUGAUGGGGGGCAGUCAGACCCAAACCUGAAUCUGGACCUGAACCAGAUGAUUAAAGGACAGCUGCUGGGUGAUUCCCCAAUAACAUAGAAACACCUGUCCAUCAUGAUGUCAUACAUGACAUCACCAGGCUGCCUGCUGUCAUGUGACUGUCAACUGAUUGAUUUUAGAUUAUUUAAUUAUUUAUUUUCAGAUGGGGUGUGGUCAGUGAUGUUUAUUGUUUUGGUGGAUGUUGAAAGGCAUUCUGGGAAACGUAGUGACAGGGUUUUAUAACCAGAAUAAAUCAUCUUUUUUCACUUGUAAACUUUAUUUAUUCCCAAAGAAAAACAGGAUCACAGAUAAAUAAAGUUUUAUUGAUUUCAAGACAGAAACAUUAAUAAGAAGUUUUAUAAAAUGUUUGUAGGUUAAAACAACAAUAACAAUAAUAAUAAUAGUAAUAGUAAUAAUAAUAUGAAGCAGAUUUUAAUGUUAAUGAAAUAUGAAAAGAGUGACAAGUUCAGUUUAAAUCUCGAGGUUUUAGCUGUGAACCCUCCUGAUCAAUCAUUUAAUCUGACUAUUGACUAGUGCAGUAAAUAAAACUCACCACACAGUUAUUUGUUUAAACAACUUAUUUAUCGACAUCAUCAUCUGUGGAUUUUAUAUUUUGUGUUUUUGAAUGACAAACUUUCUUUAUGACUUUGAACAGAGCCUCUGUACAGUUUGUGACAAACAUCUGGAGCCUGCUGACACUGGGGAGGAGCUCUGCUGAGAUAUUAAUAAAUACUUCAAAAUCAAACUGAAUCAAA